AUUCCGGCGCCGCGGUCCUGAGCGCUGGGCGGUCCCCCGAGUCUGGCGCAGCCCUAGGGCGGUAAGGCAGGCUCGGUGGUAGCCGCUGCUCUUCUGAAGAAAACAAGCGCGAGACGGGCCAGGUUCUGCGGACCAGAUCGAGCUGGUGGGUAGCGACGGUCAAGGGGGCGUGGACGGUGGGUGUUGACCGCGUCCAGAAACGCCUGUGAUGUAAUCAACCCGGUUUGCUUUCCGAGCCCUGUCAGUCUCCAGAGGCCUGUGAAGUGAAGCGAAUCGCUGCUGCGUCUCUAAAAGCCGCGUUCUUUAUUAAAAAUUUCUUGAUUAAAAAAUUGAGAGACUCCUGGGAAGAACAAAAUAAAGAUCACGUGGGAUACAAUCAAGGCGAGUUUUUGGCUUCUGUCUGUGGACUCUGCUUCUUCAGUAAAUGACCCUUGAGAAAAACUAACCAUUUUCUUGCAACUCUGAAAUCAUGGCUCAUGAUUUGGUGAUGUUCAGAGAUGUGACUGUGGACUUUUCUCAGGAAGAGUGGGAAUGCCUGAACUCAAAUCAGAGGAAUUUAUACAGAGAUGUGAUUUUAGAGAAUUAUAGCAACUUGGUGUCACUGGGAGGAUGUUCCAUUUCUAAGCCAGAUGUAAUUACUCUGUUAGAGCAAGGGAAAGAACCCUGGAUGGUUGUGAGGGAUGAGAAAAGAAGAUGGAGACUAGAUUUGGAAUCCAGAUAUGACACUAAAAAGUUAUUUCAAGUAAAGGAUAUUUGUGAAAUGAGUUUCUCUCAGUGGGAGAUAAUGGAAAGAAUUAGAAGUUGUGGCCUUGAAGACUCUUUUUUCAGGAAAGAUUGUGAAUAUAAAAAGUUUGAGGGACAAGAGGGUCCUCACGAAGCAUAUUUCAGGCAAGUGAAAAAAACCCCCUCUGAAAAAAUGCCCAAGAACAGAAAACACACAUCUCUUACUCUGUAUCCAAGAAUUCACAGUAGAGAGAAGCCCUAUGAAUGUGGGGACUGCGGGAAGGCUUUUAGAGUACGCCAACAACUUACUUUCCAUCAGAGAAUUCAUACGGGCGAGAAACCAUAUGAAUGUAAAGAAUGUGGAAAAGCUUUUAGACAGUGUGCCCACCUUAGUCGACAUCAGAGAAUUCAUGCUUCUGACAAACUCCUUGAAUGUAAAAGAUGUGGAAAGAUCUUUACAUGUGGUGCAGAUCUUCGUUUACAUCAGAGAAUUCAUGUUGGUGAGAAGCCCUAUGACUGUAAGGAAUGUGGGAAGGCCUUUAGGGUGCGAGGACAACUUAAUCUCCAUCAAAGGAUUCAUACUGGUGAGAAACCCUAUGAAUGUAAGGAAUGUGGGAAGACCUUUAGACAAUAUGCACACCUUACUCGACAUCAAAGACUUAAUAUUGCUGAGAAAUGCUAUGAAUGCAAGGAAUGUGGGCAAGCUUUUCUGUGUAGUACAGGCCUUCGAGUACAUCACAAACUUCAUACUGGUGAGAAACCCUAUGACUGUAAGGAAUGUGGGAAGGCCUUUAGAGUGCGGCAACAACUUACUCUUCAUCAGAGAAUUCAUACUGGUGAGAAACCCUAUGAUUGUAAGGAAUGUGGGAAGACCUUUAGUCGUGCCUAUCAUCUAACUCUCCAUCAGAGAAUUCAUACUGGUGAGAAACCUUAUGAAUGUAAGGAAUGUCAGAAGUUCUUUCGUCGUUACUCAGAACUUAUUUCACAUCAGGGUAUUCAUAUUGGAGAGAAACCUUAUGAUUGUAAGGAAUGUGGGAAGGCCUUCAGACUGUUCUCACAACUUACUCAACAUCAGAGUAUUCAUUUUGGUGAAAAACCUUAUAAGUGUAAGGAAUGUGAGAAGAAUUUUAGAUUGCUCUCCCAACUUACUCAACAUCAGAGUAUUCAUACUGGUGAGAAACCCUAUGACUGUAAGGAAUGUGGAAAGGCCUUUAGACUUCAUUCAUCUCUUAUCCAACAUCAGAGAAUUCAUUCAGGUGAGAAACCAUACAAAUGUAAGGAAUGUAAGAAGGCAUUUAGUUUUGUAUCAGUCCUUAUUCGACAUCAGCGAAUUCAUACUGGUGAGAAACCUUAUGAAUGUAAAGAAUGUGGCAAGGCCUUUGGUAGUGGUGCAAAUCUUGCUUACCAUCAAAGAAUUCAUACUGGUGAAAAACCUUAUGAAUGUAACGAAUGUGGGAAGGCCUUUGGUAGUGGCUCAAACCUUACUCACCAUCAGCGAAUUCACACUGGAGAGAAACCAUAUGAAUGUAAGGAAUGUGGGAAAGCCUUUAGUUUUGGAUCAGGCCUUAUUCGACAUCAGAUAAUUCACAGUGGUGAAAAGCCUUAUGAGUGUAAGGUAUGUGGGAAGUCCUUUAGUUUUGAAUCAGCCCUUACUCGGCAUCACAGAAUCCACACAGGUGAGAAACCUUAUGAAUGUAAGGAUUGUGGAAAAGCCUUUGGCAGUGGCUCCAACCUUACUCAGCAUCGAAGAGUUCACACUGGUGAGAAACCUUAUGAAUGUAAAGGAUGUGGAAUGGCCUUUAGUAGUGGUUCAGCCCUUACUCGGCAUCAGAGAAUUCAUACGGGUGAGAAACCAUAUAUAUGUAAUGAAUGUGGGAAAGCAUUUAGUUUUGGAUCAGCCCUUACUCGACAUCAAAGAAUUCACACUGGUGAGAAACCUUAUGUGUGUAAGGAAUGUGGGAAGGCUUUCAAUAGUGGCUCAGAUCUCACGCAACAUCAGAGAAUUCACACUGGUGAGAAACCUUAUGAGUGUAAGGAAUGUGAGAAAGCCUUUAGAAGUGGUUCAAAACUUAUUCAGCAUCAAAGAAUGCACACUGGUGAGAAACCCUACGAGUGUAAGGAAUGUGGGAAGGCCUUUAGUAGUGGUUCAGACCUCACUCAACAUCAGAGAAUUCAUACUGGUGAGAAACCUUAUGAAUGUAAGGAAUGUGGGAAGGCUUUCGCUAGUGGCUCAAAACUUAUCCAACACCAGCUAAUUCACACUGGUGAAAAACCCUAUGAAUGUAGAGAAUGUAGAAAGUCCUUUAGUAGUGGCUCAGCUCUUAAUCGGCACCAGAGAAUACACACUGGUCAGAAACCCUAUGAAUGUAAGGAAUGUGGGAAGACUUUUGGUACUGGCUCAACCCUUACUCAGCACCAGAGAAUGCAUACUGCUGAGAAGCUUUAUGAAUGUAAGGCAUGUGGGAAAUCCUUUAUUCAUGGCUUUCAACUUACCAGACAUCAGAGAAUUCAUACUGGUGAGAAACCCUAUGUAUGCAAUGAAUGUGGGAAAACCUUUCAUUAUAGUUCACAGCUUUCUCCACAUUAUAGAUUUCAUACUGGUGAAAAGCCUUAUAAAUGUAAAGAUUGUGAGAUGUCCUUUAUCCUUGGCUCACAACUUACUGAACAUCAGAGGAUCCAUACAGGUAAGAAGCCACAUGAAUGUAAGCGGUGUGGAAAAGCCUUUAACUAUGGCUCACAGCUUAUUUGACAUCAGAGGACUCAUACUGGUGAGAAACCAUAUGAAUGUGAAGAAUGUGGGAAAUCAUUUAUUUGUGGUUCACACCUUACUGAACAUCUAAGAAUUCACACUGGUGAAAAACCCUUUGAAUGUAAGAAAUAUGGGAAAGCCUUUAUUCGUGGCUCACAUCUUACUCAGCAUCAGAGAAUUCAUACUGGCGAAAAGCCGUAUGUAUGUAAAGAAUGUAGAAUGGCCUUUACACAGAGUUCACAUCUUUCUCAACAUCAGAGACUUCAUACUGGUGAGAAACCCUACAUAUGUAAUGAAUGUGCAAAGUCCUUUAUUUAUGGCUUUCAACUUACUGAACAUCAGAGAAUUCAUACUGGUGAGAACUAUGUGUGUAAUAAAUGUGGGAGAGCCUUUUGUUAUGGUUCACAGCUUUCUCCACAUUAUAGAUUUCAUACUGGUGAAAAGCCUUAUAAAUGUAAAGAUUGUGAGAUAUUUUUUAUCCUUGGCUCACAACUUACUGAACAUCAAAGGAUCCAUACAGGUAAGAAGCCACAUGAAUGUAAGCGGUGUGGAAAGGCCUUUAACUAUGACUCACAGCUUAUUCGACAUCAGAGGACUCAUACUGGUGAGAAACUGUAUGAAUGUGAAAAAUGUGGGAAAUCAUUUAUUUGUGGUUCACACCUUACUGAACAUCAAAGAACUCACACUGGUGAAAAACCCUUCGAAUGUAAGGAAUGUGGGAAAACCUUUAUUCGUGGCUCACAUCUUACUCAGCAUCAGAGAAUUCAUACUGGUGAAAAACCCUAUGAAUGUAAAGAAUGUGGAAAGGUCUUUGCUUAUGGCUCACAACUGUCUCAACAUCAGAAAAUUCAUACAGGUGAGAAUCCCUAGGAAUGUAAGCUGUGUGGGAAGAUCUUUAUUUUGGCCUCGCAACUUAAGCUACAUCAGAUUUUUCAUACUGGACCAUAUGAAUGUAAGGAAUGUGGUAAGACUUUUAUUUAUAGCUCACAGCUAACUUACUAUCAGAGAGUUCAUACUGCUGAGAAACAUACAAAUGUAACUAAUGUGGGAAGGCCUUUAAUUGUGUAUCACAACUUAACAUCAGAGAAUUCAUUCUGGUGGGAAGCCUUAUAAAUGUAAUGCAUAUGGUAAGAACUUUAGAUGUCAUUCAUACCUUACUCAACAUCAGAAAUCUCAUAAUGGAGAAAGACUGUGUGAAAAAUUAAUUUAGUAAAUCCUUUCCAUGCUUAUCCAUAACAUUUGACUUGGGAAUAUCAGAAAAUUCAAAUCAUGAAUAUGAGUAUCCUUUUUUAUAUAAACUCAUGAGUAAAUCACCUUCAGAGAAUUCAUAGUUUAAAAAGGCUAAAAAAAAUAAAAAGGCUAGAUUAAUAUAAGUGCAGAAUUACUUUCCAUCAUAUUUCAAUCUUUGCUAGACAAUGAUUCAUAUGAGAGCUCAAUCCUAAAAGGUAGGGUUCUCUCGUUCAGCAUCAUUCUCUUGUUCAGCAUCAUUUGAGCUCCACCUGUCUGGGUGUUUCUUUGGGAAAGUUACUUAACCCCUGUUUGUUUUAGUUUCCUCCUUACUAAUACAUUGAUAUCACAAAUUUCAUCAUGGUUUUCUGCAGUUUAAAGGAGUAAAUACAUAUAGAGCCUAUAGAAAUGUGUACUACAUAGUUAAUGCUUAGUAAAUGUUACCUUUUAUUGUAAAGAUUACUUUUAUUUUGUGUUUUAAUCAUAUUACAGAAUUCAAAAGAGAAGGAGACUUUACAAAUACAGUGAGAGUGAAGUGUUAGUUAUUCAGUAGUGUAUGACUCUUUGCAACCCCAUGGACGAUAGCUUUCCAGGCUCCUCAGUCCAUGGAAUUCUCCAGGCAUGAAUACUGGAGUGGGUUGCCAUUCCCUUCUCUGGGGGAUCUUCCCAACCCAGGGACCAAACCCAGAUCUCCCACAUUGCAGGCAGAUUCUUUACCAUCAGGGCCACCAGAGACAAAUACAAUACACAAGGUAAAUCUUUCAUCACUUUUAUUAAGUGUCAGAUAAUCAUUUUGGAACAAAACAUUCUAGUAUAAUUAAUGUGCAAUUAUACUUCGUUCUGAAUCAAAAUUCUUACUAAAAGGGAACCCUAAGGGGAGAAAAAUAUUUUGCUCUUAAAAAUAAAGCUGCUUUUGAACAUUUUUGUAUAAGUUUUUGCAUGAACUUAAAUUUCCAUUUCUCUGGUAUAAACAUUUAAGAGAGUAGGUUUAAAUGAAUGCUUCUCUUACAAGAAAUGGACAAAUCAUUUUCCAAAGUGGCUUUUCCAUUUUAUAUUUCCAUCAGGAACAUGAGUGACCCAGUUUUUCUCUGUAGCUCUACCAGCAUUUGACUUUUUCACUUUUUAUCUUAGUCAUUCUGAUAGGUGUAUAGUGAUAAUCUCUUUGUGGUUGUAAUUUCCAUUUCCCUAGUGGUUCAUGAUGAUGUGCUUUUUUGCCAUCUCUACCCAUUGUGGUGAUAUGACUUUGUCUUUUACUCCUUCAUUUUUUAGUUGAAUAUUUAAAAAAAAAACAACUGUUGGGAUUGUGAGUGUGCUUUCUUUAUUCUAGAUGAUACUAGUCCUUUGUUAAAUAUGUAGUUUGCAAAAAAUUUUCCCAGUGCAUACCUUAUCUUUUCAUCCUUUUAGCAAGGUCUUUUGAAGAGCAAAAGUUUUUAAUUUUGAAAGGUCUGGGCUUAUUACUUUUUACUUUUAGGGAUCUUGGUUUUGGUGUCAAAUCUAAGGACUCCUUGUCUAGCUCCAGAUUUCAGAGAUCUUCUUUUAUGUUUUCCUAAAGUUUUCAUGGUUUUAUGUUUUGCAGUUAAGUGAUCCAUUUUGAGUUAAUAUUUGCAUAUAUUAUAAGCUUUAGCUUCAUGUUCUUGUUUGUUUUGGCUUAUGGGUGUCCAGUUGUGUAGUGGGAAUUCCUAAUAAUAUACUUUCAAAGCCUUGAGAAAUUUGAGAAAUCACAGAAACAGCACCUGGAAACACAGCAUAUAUUAAGAAACUGUGUUAAUGAUUAUCUUUCAUGUUUUUCUUAAGAAUAAUCCCCUUGUUACAAACCCCAAGGUCAGACCCAGAAGGGAGUAUGACUGGGAUCAUGAAAGCAUGGACCUUGCAACACUGGGUUGGCAUCAGGCAUGAUUGCUGCUUAAGCACUUGCCAAUUGUUCCCAAGACUAGCCCAGAAGGGAAUGGCCUGGAGUAAAAACAAGGAGAUCUGUACUAUGUCAGUGUAGUCCAUGACAUUUAGAAGUAUGUGAUUAACACAGUGUUUGUCUUGAGAAAGAUAAGAUCUGAGAAAGUCUUGUAGUCUGCAAUUAGGAAUAAAAGCUGGAUUCAGAGUGGACUCUGCACCACCUCAGCCCAAUAGAGGCUGCAGGGACCCCCGACCCAUUGCACCAGAUUUCAUGUUCUGUCUGCAUUCUCAUCACUCGCUCCCAGACCAUUAGGACAACAAUUGGCACCCAACAUGGGGCUGGAGCGAAAGACUGCUACCAGAGAAAGAAACUACAGUGAUGCAGAACCUGGGACUGUUGAGAGGCCUCUGAAAAUUCCCGCUGUCCUCAGAUGCAUGAGAGAAACCAUCCAAGAACUGAUGAAGAAAGACGUUGCUUGGAUGGCAUAUCUACUCCUGCAGAAACAAAAAGGGGAAGAUGUAGUGGGAAUUCCUAAUAAUGUACUUUCACAGCCUUGAGAAAUUUCACAGAAACAGCACCUGGAAACACAGCGUGUUAGAAACUGUGUUAAUGAUUAUCUUUCAUGUUUUAAGAAUAAUCACCUUGUUAUAAACCCCAAGGCCAGACCCAGAAGGGAGUAUGACUGGGUUCAUGAAAGCGUGGACCUUGGAACAUCAGCUCGGCACCAGGCAUGAACGAUAAUUGUUCCUAAGACUAGCCCAGAAGGGAACGGCCUGGGGUAAACACAAGGAGAUCUGGACUAUGUCAGUGUGGUCCGUGACAUUUAGGAGUACGUGAUUAACACAGCACGUGUCUUGAGAAAGAUAAGAUCUGAGAAAGUCUUGUAGUCUGCAAUUAGAAAUAAAAGCUGGACUCAGAGUGGACUCUGCACCUCAGUCUAAUAGAGGCUGCAGGUCCCCUCACCCCAUUGCACCAGAUUUCGUGUUCUGUCUUCAUUCUUAUCGCUUGCCCCCAGACCAUUAGGACUACACAGUUGUUCUAGCACUAUUUGUUAUAUAAAGGCUAUCUUUAUUGAAUUGAUUUUGUGCCUUUAUGUUUGUUUUAUGUCUACUUCUGGAUUGUCUAUUCCUUUCUCUUGAUCUAUAUGCCAAUCCCUCUG